AUGGACAUGAAGCCUGCUCAAUCUAACCCUCGUUCUUUUUGCAUUUAUGCUGUGACAGAGUUGAUUAGGCCUGAUUCAUCAUCGUUAAAUGAAAAGACGGAACCGGCUUCCAUGUGCCAUCAGGCACUGUUACUGAACCUUUGCUCAGAAGCUGAGCAUAUAAUUUUGUUGAAUUCAAUUCAGUUUGUCCAAAGGCUGAUGCAUGAUGCAGUUCAUCUGUGCCCAGGAACUAGUCUAAGUGGGGCCGUCUACCCGGUAGGCCCCGUCCUGGCUCUCAAGCCGCCCGCGUCCGGCGACGGCGGCGAGCAGGAGCAGCAGGUACACGAGUGCGUGAGGUGGCUCGACGCACAGCCGCCGGCGUCCGUCGUGCUGCUCUGCUUUGGGAGCAUAGGCGGUAGCUUCGCCUCGCCGCAGGUCCGAGAGAUCGCCGCCGACGCCCUCGAGCAAAGCGGUCACCGCUUCCUGUGGGUACUCCGUGGUCCGCCGCCGGCCGGUUCGAAGACGGCGUACCCGACGGAUGCCAACCUCGACGAGCUGCUCCCGGAAGGGUUCUUGGAGAGGACCAAGGACAGGGGUCUGGUGUGGCCCAAGUGGGCGCCGCAGAAGGACAUCUCCUCGAUAGCCAACCCUGCCGUCGGCGGCUUCGUGACCCACUCCGACCCAAAACCGGCUCCGCUUGCUUAUACGGAAACCGAACGACUUUGA